GAAGUACUUCCGGGUUCGGCAAUAACCGGGAGCCGGCAGCUUUAGGCAGUCCUUUACGGCCUUGUUCCAAAGCCCCGCCUCCCCUUCGGUCUUUCUAGAAAACUUGCUUUGAUUCCGCCUUGCGGGAUAGGUAUUUCCCGGCCGCUGCGCGUGAUUUUGGAGCAGUGUGUUGUACCGGGGACGGCGAUACCUUGCCCUCUGAAGUCUCGGAGUUCCCGCAAGGGGAGGCGGGCCUGUGAAACCCAGCGAGGAAGCCGGUUUCCCGGGUCGUGGCCCCAGUGCUGACGUUCUGUCACUUCUCUCCGCGGUUACACCGUCGCAGGCGCGAAUUCGUCUCUCAUGGCUGAUACGACCCCAAACGGCCCCCAGGGGGCGGGCGCUGUGCAAUUCAUGAUGACCAAUAAACUGGACACAGCAAUGUGGCUUUCCCGAUUGUUCACAGUUUACUGCUCUGCUUUGUUUGUUCUGCCUCUUCUUGGGUUGCAUGAAGCAGCAAGCUUUUAUCAACGCGCUUUGCUGGCAAAUGCUCUGACCAGUGCUCUGAGACUGCAUCAAAGAUUACCACACUUCCAGUUAAGCAGAGCGUUCCUGGCCCAGGCUUUGUUAGAGGACAGCUGCCACUACCUGUUGUAUUCGCUCAUCUUUGUCAAUUCUUACCCUGUUACAAUGAGUAUUUUCCCAGUCUUGUUGUUCUCUUUGCUUCAUGCUGCCACAUACACUAAAAAGGUCCUUGAUGCAAAGGGUUCGAAUAGUUUACCUCUGCUGAGAGCUGUCUUGGAUAAAUUAAGUGCUAAUCAACAAAAUAUUCUGAAAUUCAUUGCUUGUAAUGAAAUUUUCUUGAUGCCUGCUACAGUUUUUAUGCUUUUUAGUGGCCAAGGAAGUUUGCUCCAGCCUUUUAUAUACUAUAGAUUUCUUACUCUUCGGUACUCCUCUAGAAGAAAUCCAUAUUGUCGGAACUUAUUUAAUGAACUGAGGAUUGUUGUUGAACAUAUAAUAAUGAAACCUGCCUGCCCGCUGUUUGUGAGAAGACUGUGCCUCCAGAGCAUUGCCUUUAUAAGCAGAUUGGCACCGACAGUUGUGUAGUUUAUCAUCUAGUUAAGCAGUGUAUGUAACAUAAGCAUUAUUAGCAGCUGGUACUUCUGCUAGGGUUCAUAAAUUCCAGGUCUUAAGCUGACCACGAUCCAAUUUAUAUAAUUUACAUAAAGGCAUUUCAUUGGAAAAAUAAUUUCCCUGGCAUGUUAAAUCAAGCCUUUUUAAUAAAAAUUUCUGAGAAAAUAUUACUGUGCUCUGUGGCUAAUGGAUAAGGAAGUUUGCAUCUAGUGGUAAAUAUACCAGAUUUUUUUAGAUGCUGCUGUACCUGUAUCAUGAAAUACAUUUAUUUCAUGUAAAGCUAGUUCUGAAAUUUGUUUCACCCUAAUUAAUAAUCUGAGUUUAUAUCUAGCAUGAGUUCAGAAUGUUAACAACGUGAAUUCAGUGUACUUUGAGACAGUAUUCUUUUUUCAUCCCUUCAGUAAUUUUGGUUGAUGAUUUUUAACAAAUUAUUCUAACUAUAAUUUUAUUUCAAAUUGUUACUGAUUUUUUUGCUGCCUUGCUAAGACAGCUGUUAGGGGGUCACAUAACUAUUUUCUAUCAGAAAGUAGUAGUUACACAGCUUCCCUUUUAGAGACCCAUUGAGUAACAUUUGUUGAAUAGAAAAACCCUUUUACAAAUGUGAACAGAUAGGUUAUUAGUAUAAUUAUAGUUCGUAGAAUUAUCAAGUUCAGAUUCUUUUUUUUUUUAAAGUUCAGAUUCUUGACUCUAGUAUUUUUUAUCUCUUAGGCUUGAAUUUUCCUAGACAGUUGCAACAGUUCAGAUGCUCUGUAAAAGGAAUGUAAUUGAAGAUUGAGAAUAUGUGACUAUACUCAUGUCUUAUGAAAUAAUAAUGAAGGGUAUCCUGCACAUUACAUAUUUUCCCAUCAAAUUUGGUUUGAAAGGUUAAAUGGCAAGGUUUAUAGGUAAGGCAGUUCAUUGAGAGUAUGAGGGAGGAGUUGUGAGGAGUAGUGUGCAUUUCAAUUUCAUAGUGCUAUGACUGGGGGAAUCGGAGAUAGUAUGAAACUGUGACUUGGGUAGUGUAAUAUGUUCAAUCCUGUUCAUUGGGCUCCCAUCAACUGCUUUAUAAAAUUUAUUCUGAUCCUUACUACUAUUGCAUGAUUGGAAAUGUUUAAAACAUUGCACAAUUUUUAAAAUGAAAAGGUUUUUGUAACCAGUUUUCUUCUAUCUGCAUGUCAUUUGGAUUUUUCAAAUACAUUCUUUAGUGACUAAGCAGUAACAUUUUUCCUUUUGUUCAACUUCCUAGUUUAUAGAAAGGUGAUAUUCUUAGGAUAGAUUAUCAGAAAAAUUCCACUUGGUAACUUAACUAUAACUGGCUAUUUUUGUAUUUUUGUAAUUAUCCACUAAAUUGGAUAAACAACCUCAUAAUAUACAGUUGAUUUUGUAUGUGUGUAUGGCUAGCCUUAUUACUAUUUAUGUAAUUGAUGGUUUUAAGAAUUAAACUUUUUAGAGUAAUAAAGUGACUAUAAUAUUAAGUAAACAUACUGAUUUCUAAUGAUGUUUUAAAAUACUUUCUUAAAUUUCAUCAAAUUUUGGCAGCUGAAGGCACAUUCUGAAAGGUUUUUUUCCUACAUUUUUUUUUAAUCUGAAGAUAAUUUUACUUAUAGAAGAAUUUCAAAACUAGUGCCAAGAGUUCCUGUAUGCCCUUUACUCAGCUUCCUAUUAUGUUAAUGUCUUAUAUAACUGGUAGAAGAUUUGUCUAAAGUAAGAAAUUAACCCUGAAACUGUACUAUUAAGUAAAGUACAAAACUUAUUUGGAUUUCCUGUUUUUCUGUUUCUUAUGUGGUCUGUUUGUAACUUGAUUAUCUUUUACUUUUUUUUU